GCGACAGAUUGUUAUCUCAACAAUCUCUUGCAUCACUUGCAACGACAUGCAAAACCUUCUACGAGCCUGCGAUGGAUUUGCUGUGGGCAAACAUAGACGAGUUAGAACCAUUGCUAGGCUGCGUGACGAGGCUACAUCCACUGAUAUAUUGUAGUGGAGCAGAGGUGAGUGCGGACUGAUCACCAUCUUCAGUUCAUGAGCUCACCGAGCAUCUAAACACAGCCUUCCUGGUCUGAAGGCAUCGAACCAUUAUCUGAACAUGAAGCCCGCCAAUUCUUGCGUCAUGCCUUCCGCGUCCGCUCAAUCGAUAUAUCAUCUGACAGAAAUUUUCACCUCCUCACACUCUUCCCUACUGAGACGUGCAUGGUUCCCGAGAUUGCAGUCGUUAUUAUGGCAGGUCGAGGCUCCCAAUAACAUAUAUCUGCACCUCUUCCUGUCCCAUACGCUACUUUUUUUCUAUUUAUCAGCAAUCCACCCAGCUCUGAAAUCUAUCGGGACCCAUUGUGCUUCUUUGGAGGCCUUAACCAUCGGUGAUGCUAAGGAUCUCACAGCGGACGAGUCGUUCUUGCUGUCUGAAACUAUCCGUUCAUGCACGCAGCUCAGACAUUUGGGUUGUCCACCGCUCGAAUGGGAAGCAUGGAACCACCUCUCCAACCUCCCCACCCUUCUCAAAUUGGAGAUUGGUAGCGGAAAUUUGUCAUUAGACCGACAUGAUUUCAAAUUUGCACCUUUCCUUAAUGUUACCAUCCUCAAUUUCUAUGUACAAAAGGCUUCACACACUAUCACAACGUUGGAAUGCUCAGAAUUCCCCUCCCUACAACAGUUCGAGAUGCAUGUCCAAGUCAUGCCUUUUGCACAAGCUGAGCAGCUUUUUCGUGCACUGUCACAAUGCAACGCAGGCCACACCCUUGAAUACAUCGUCAUAUUCUCCUUUGAUUCAGACGGUGACUCAGAAGAGGAGCCCUCAGACAACUCUCUGACAGCAAUCACACAAUUCCUUCAUUUUACACAGCUGCGAACUCUGGGCCUCGUUUUUGAAAAUUACCCCGUCUACCUUGACAAUGACCUUCUCCUGAAAGCAAUGUCAAGUUGGCCAAACAUUUGCUACAUGACCUUAGCCAAUCACCAACUUCGUCUACCUACCAUCACAUUCCGCGGAUUAUUCGACGGACUCCGGCUAUGUCCCCACUUGGAUUCCCUGCAAUUACACGUCGAUGCUAUCAAUAUCGAUAUUGAUCCUGAAACCGAGUCAUUUCAGCAUACCUCCCUACAAAAAUUUAACGUAGGCUUCUCUAACAUAGAAGAUGUUGAAGCUAUCGCUCGCAUCAUUUUCUUCAUGCUCCCUAGCGUCGAACAAGUUAAACAUGGGUACGAGGAUAAUAAUUGGGACAAGGUUAACCAGCACCUCAAACAUCUGAGAUCUUCUGCGGCUCUUGGCAUCACACAUAGUACUCCGGAACCAGCCCGAGCUACUUGAAUUACUAAUUUAUCUAUGUACUGGGGCGAGUGGUCGUUGUCGCUUUUGUUCUCUAUGGAUACAAUUAUUUUCUCCCCUCUGACAUUGUUUUGCUGUACUGUGCCACGUAUAUCUUACGAAUACUUAAUGACACCCGAACGAACGAUUCUCGUGUCUCUAGGGCUACGCCGCUUAAAUAUACGCAGUUGCAUAUGCUGACCUCUUCUGACAUGAUAACUGACACGGAAAUGAAUACUUGAC